AUGGCUCAGGAAUGCCUUCUGGAAGAGCAGACAGCAGAGCUCAGCUGCCCUGUGUGCCUGGACUUGAUGACAGACCCAGUGACCCUGGAAUGUGGGCACCACUGCUAUGCCUCCUGCCUCCAGCAGCGCUGGCAGGACCUGCUGGACAUCUUUCCCUGUCCAGUCUGCCAGCACCACUGUGCCCACAGAAAACUGCACAAAAAAAACAGGCAGCUGAGUGCCCUGGUUGACAUGUUGAAGCAGCUGUCCAGUACAAGGAACAGGGAGCAGCAGCAGGAGCAGCUCCUGUGUGAGCAGCACCAGCAGGUGCUCAGCCUGUUCUGUGAGCAGGACCUGCAGCUGGUGUGUGUCCAGUGCAGGGUGUCCUGUGAGCAGCAGGGUCACCCCCUCACCCCUGUUAAAGAAGCUGUUGCUCAGCACAGGAAGAAGUUCAAAUCCCACCUGCAGACCCUGAAGAAGCAGCUAAAAGAUGCUAAAAGGGGGCAAGAAAUGCAAAGCAAAGAAAUAACGGACUUCCUCAAGGAGGUGGCAAAGCAAGAGUAUGAGUUGCACCGGGAAUUUCAACAAUUUAAGCAAUCUUUGAGAAUCAGUCAAAAGAAAAUUGAUAAAAAGCUGCAAAGUAAGGAAAGACAGGCUUUCAAGAAAAUCACCGAAAUCAAAUCCCAGGUGUCACUUUAA